GUAGCGUUCAGUUUGGCGCGAGAUCCCGUGGGCAACGAACGCCAUCUUCCCACAUCGCACUUGUCAAGUACAUGUUUAUCGAAAAUCUUUGGAAGUUCUCUCAUUAACUUUAAAUUGUUUGCUACAAAAUUAGAAAGAUUAUUUUUAUUUUUUGAGAAGAAAAAAAGUUGUUUUGCUGAACAUUUGAUUGAUUUGUUGAAAGUUUGAAAAAGUUUUGUUAAUCAGAUAAUAUGAUUGUCUGGUUGUUAAGUGGUUUGUUUAUUGCGGGAGGCGGAGGAGCACAGUUAGGGGAGACAGAAAACUGUGACGCUGGAGACCUGAACAUGUGUGUGAGCCUCAUCCCGCGCACACCCGUCGGCCUGCCCAGGAACAAACAUGAACUGGACGCGCACUGCCAGGCAUACCAUACAGGCAUGGUGUGUAUGGACGCGUGGAUCAAGCGCUGCCUCCCCACGGACGGACAGAAGUUACUGCAACAACAGAUCGGAGGCGCGCGCGCACUCAUGCGCUUUCUAUGUACGAAUGACACGGCUCUGAGGAGAGAAUUUUUGAAGGAGCCAACGUGUUGGGGUCGUGUCAGCCCCGACUGGAGUCGAUGUGUGGAUGAAUUGCAAGUCGCCGUUCGAGAGAACACGGACCGCGCCCAACAGCUCACAUAUUUCAAUAGGAACGCCGAACUGUGUUGCGCACGAGACGACUUCAUUCAAUGCGUGGCGAACGCCGGCCGGUCGUGUUCGAUAGCCGCGAGCACGCUGCUCAGGCGCAUGGCGUGGGUCCUAGCGCAAGAUAUAGCGGCGUGCAACCAGCAGCCGCGGGCUUACUGCGCUGCGCCACCCCCACCGAUCACUGCGCCAUUACUCACUGCUAUAUACGGCUUUUUGUUUUACCCACCACGUUUGUAAAUUCAUAAAUAGAGUUUCUUUAUUUUAUAGUUACGUCUAAAGAUUAUUUUGCAAAUUAAAAUCACAGUUAUGUUUCUAUAAUUUUAUCAAAUUACCUGAAAUAAGCAAAUCAUAGGGGCCUGCAACCAGCAGCCGCGGUCUUACUGCGCUGCGCCACCCCCACCGAUCACUGCGCCAUUACUCACUGCUAUAUACGGCUUUUUGUUUUACUCACCACGUUUGUAAAUUCAUAAAUAGAGUUUCUUUAUUUUAUAGUCACGGCUAAAGAUUAUUUUGCAAAUUAAAAUCACAGUUAUGUUGUAAUAAUUUUAUCAAUUUUCCUGAAAUAAGCAAGACAUAGCGGCGUGCACUACUCACGGCUAUAUACGGCUUUUUGUUUUACCCACCGCGUUUCUGAAUUCAUAAAUUGAAUCCCUAUUAUUAUUAUUUUUUAAUAUGUGAAUUAAAAUUUUCAGAAUUCUGUUUUUAUCAUUUUAACAAUUUACCUGGAAUCGUAAGAGGAGUUGAUGAUAAAAAUGUAAUUGUUUUUUUUAAUAAACUACUGACCCUGAUUCCCCUUUAUUUGCUGACAGUAAAAAUUCUUUUAAGCCCAUGUUGGUGAUUGUUUAAAGCUAUAUUUAACUUAUUUUUGUACAAUGGUGUGAUUUUGUAUCUAUUGACAUUUUCAUUUACAAGGAGGAAUAAAAGCAAAGUUUAUUAUAGAGUACCUCAACAGGAUGAAUUUCUUAUUUUAAGUAAGAAGAAGCCAUAAUAAGAAAAGUGUAAAUAUGUAAUAGUUUUAGUUAAUAAUUGUCGGCAUGUUUAUUGUAAUUGUAUUAAAAUCUAUAAAGAAGUUUCUAAGCAACAAAUAGUUUAUUUAAAAAUAAGCUUUUUUAUUAGUUUAAGCUAGUAGAUAUUUAUGAAAUGUGAUUUUAACAUUAGGUCAUUAGUUCGAUGUGUCUUUAUAAGUGUUUAUAAAAAUAUAGUUUAUUGUAAAUAAUAAGCCGAUUAUGAUACUAAAGUAUUGAGAUAAUUUAUAGAAGUUGAAAUAUAAGUAAUUUUAUAAUGAAAAUGAUGGAUAUGUUGAAUGUUUCGGGACAAAUAAAUGUGAAUGUAAAAACA